GCCCCCAGGAGCCCUCUACCCUCACCCCAUGGCCCAACCGUCCGGGCACGCGCCCCGCCCGAGCCCACCGCCCCUGCGCCCUCCUCCCACCCUGUGAGCCGUGGCCGUUGCCAGAUGUCCACAAUGGGAAACGAGGCCAGUUACCCGGCGGAGAUGUGCGCCCACUUUGACAAUGAUGAAAUUAAAAGGCUGGGCAGGAGGUUUCGGAAGUUGGACUUGGACAAAUCAGGCUCUCUGAGCGUGGAGGAGUUCAUGUCCCUGCCGGAGCUGCGCCACAACCCGUUGGUGCGGCGAGUGAUCGACGUCUUCGACACCAACGGCGAUGGAGAAGUGGACUUCAAGGAAUUCAUCCUGGGGACCUCUCAGUUCAGCGUCAAGGGCGACGAGGAGCAGAAGUUGAGGUUUGCGUUUAGCAUUUACGACAUGGAUAAAGAUGGCUACAUUUCCAACGGGGAGCUCUUCCAGGUGCUGAAGAUGAUGGUGGGCAACAACCUGCCGGACUGGCAGCUCCAGCAGCUGGUCGACAAAACCAUCCUCAUCCUGGACAAGGAUGGCGAUGGGAAGAUAUCCUUUGAGGAAUUCAGUGCUGUGGUCAGAGACCUGGAGAUCCACAAGAAGCUGGUCCUCAUCGUGUGAGCCUUUUUCUUACAAGCACCACCCAACAACUUUUGCUUUCUUCCCUACCUCUUUCAAGAUUUGCUCAAGAUGUCCAACUGUCUCUCUGACUUAGCUGAAAGUAUUUCUCUUUGUGAAGCCAUAUGUCCCAACAGGAGCUUCAUCACCAGCUCAGUGCUAUUAAUUCUUCUCUGAAUGACUCAGGGUACCCUAUGAGGGGAAGAGCAAGUCAAUUGAGCAUAGUGGGGAAAGAAAAGGAAAUGCCUUUUAUAAACAUCUUUGUUUUGAUCCAAAGACCAAACUAGAACUUUGAAAGUUCAAAAAUAAGAAAAUAUAUAUUUUUGCUGUUAUUUCUCAUCAUUUUGUUUAUGGGAGGAAAUUUAUAAUUUGCAUGGGUGUUAGGUGAACUGUUUUCAUUUGCUUGUGUUCAGAUAUCUUGUCAGAUUGUUAACUUCCUAUUGUAGCAACAGGGACAAAUAUAUUUAUCUUUGCUGGGCA